AUGGGAUUAUUCGGCUCCUCUCCAGCAUCUCUACCCCCUCCAAAGAUUGCCGCAGAUGGCGCGCCGAUAGCACCGGAUCGAAGUCAAAGGUCACAAUGCUGGGAAGCAAGAGAUGCAUACUUCAGGUGUCUGGAUAGAGAUGGAAUCAUUGAUAGCAUUACGGAGAACGUCAAGGCCGAGAAAUCUUGUGGAACAGAGGCAAGAGGGUUCGAAAAGAAUUGUGCAACUAGUUGGGUUCAAUACUUCAAGAAACGAAGAGUUAUGGAAUAUCAGCGCGACCAAACACUGCGAAAAUUGAAGACCGAGGGAGCAAAAGAGAUGCCGGGGGGUAUAGGGGCUGGAGCACCUGGACAAAAGCCAUGA